AUGACCAACUUCCUAUCAGACCUGAUACAGUACCAGGGGUUCUUUCAGAUGCUCAUCAUCCUUGGGAUUGGUGGGACAUUCCAAAUUGGCUUUCAAAUUUCUACAAUCACCUAUGUGUCUCAGCAUGUUAAGGCUUUCAUUAAUGAAACCUGGCUGGAACGAUAUGGCUACCCCAUCCAUCAGGAUAACCUCUUGUUCCUGUGGUCUAUCACUGUGUCCAUUUAUGGUAUAGGAGGUCUCUUGGGUUCUUCAGGAACUAGAUACCUGACGGUCAAGUAUGGCAGAAAGAAAUGUCUCCUGUGCACCAAUGUGCUCAUGAUAACAGCAGCAUCUAUCAUGGGCUGCAGUAAAAUAGCCCGGUCCUUUGAGAUGAUCCUGAUUGGACGCUUCCUGUGUGGAGUAAGUGCAGGUCUUUGUGUUCCUCUACAUCAUCAAUACGUUGGAGAAAUUUCCCCUAAGAAGCUACGUGGAUUUGCAAACUCUACUUCCUCUUUCUUUUGGUCUCUGGGAAAAGCUAUAGGGCAGAUUUCAGGACAAAGGGAGCUACUAGGCAGCCAGUACCUGUGGCCCAUGCUGAUGGCCUCGUGCGGAUUUCCAGCACUGGUCCAGUUGGUCACUCUGCCCUUCUUCCCUGAGUCCCCAGCAUAUCUUCUCAUGCAUAAAGGAGAUCAGGAAGGCUGCAAAAAAGCCAUAAGGCAGCUUUGGGGUGAAGGCCAUCACCAAGCAGAGAUUGAUGACUUCAUGAAAGAGAAGGCAACAAUGAAAAACACCAAGAUCUUGAGUGUCCUGGAGCUAAUGAAAGAACCAGCUUCCCGUUGGCAGCUGUACAUGAUAGUUGUUCUGACCGCCACAGUUCAGCUAUGUGGCAUCAAUGCAAUUUAUUUUUAUACUUUUGAAGUCCUCCAGGCAGCUGGCUUUGAUGAAAGAAUGAUCUCCUAUAUGACCCUCUCUGUUGGACUCUCUGAGCUCGUAGCUACUGCAGUCUGUAGCUCCAUCAUUGAGCGACUGGGCAGGAAAGUGCUUCUAAGAGGAGGUUAUUUUAUCAUGGGCUCACUGCUAGCUGCUAUCACCGUGACUCUCUCACUACAGGACUGGUAUUUCUGGAUGCCAUACUGCAGCCUUUGUCUGAUUAUCUUGUUCGCAGUUGUCUUUGGAGUUGGGCCAGCUGGUGCCACAGUUGCCAUUAGGGUUGAAAUUUUCAAGUUCUCAUGCAGACCAUCUGCCUUUGUGAUUGGCGCCAUUCUCAACUGGUUGGGCGUCUUUGUCAUCGGAACAACCUUUCCCUUCAUUGUGGAAAAACUCAAGCACUUCUGCUUCCUCAUCUUUAUGGUAGUAAUUUUCACUUCAGGGAUAAUUAUCCACCUGUUCCUUCCAGAAACAAAAGGGAAAUCAAUCAUGGAAAUCACAGAAGAAUUCAAUAAGCUAAACUUUAAAAAGAAGUGUAUUCCAACAACUCCGAACUAUGUCACAGAGGGCUACACCUUCUGCACCAGGCUCUGA